AUGCCGAUUGGUUUGGCUGCUCUUACUUGUUUUCCGAGGCUGAGUUGUCUCGAACAAUACCAUAAGGUACCUGAUCUGGGCAUUGAGCCCUUCACUCUUGAUAAGGCUUGUGCUCGAGUUUUACUGCCUCGGGCAGAAGUCUGUCAUCCUUGUUGCUACUUUGACUCUCCUUCUCCUACCAUCGAUGUGAACUCUUCUUCGGUGGACCUGGAAAAGAACACGGCUACCUCCUCGAGGAUGAAGAGGAAGAGAACGCAUGAUUCUUCUUCGCCAAAGCUGUCAGACUCUUCUUUUGGUGAGAAAAGGGUCAUAGAUUGCGAGCUGGAGAUGACAUUUGGGAAGGUGAUGCUGAAGAGACAUUUUUUUGAUGCCAAGAAGAAACGGGAGGAGUUGAAGGCGAAGACUGCUCGGUUGUGA